AUGACUUCCAUUUUGCAGUUCUGUUGUGUGCACGUGCGACCCACACUAUGCAACUUCACACCCUCUCAAGCAGAGAAAGGUCCAUCACCUCUUGUAUCGUUGGAGCAUCACAAAGGAAAGUCAUGUUCACUUUCUUCCAUCGAAGAAGGACCUGGGGUUAAUAGGAGGCAACUUAUUCUUCACACGGCAGUAGCGGUACCGGCAUUUGCAGUCCCAAAUGCAUUGGCACUCAAUGAUGUGUCUGAGGAUGUUCGUGUCUACACUGACGAUGAGAACAAGUUCAAGAUUGAGAUUCCCCAAGGGUGGAAAGUGGGAAAUGGGGAGUCUAAUGGAUUUAAAUCAAUAACAGCCUUUUACCCAACAGAAGUAUCCAAUGCCAAUGUGAGCGUGGCAAUCACAGGGCUGGGACCGGAUUUUACUAGGAUGGAAUCCUUUGGCAAAGUUGACGAGUUUGCUCAGACUCUGGUUAGUGGACUAGACAGAAGCUGGCAAAGACCCCCGGGUGUGGCGGCUAAACUCAUAGAUUGUAGAUCAUCUAAUGGGAUUUAUUACAUCGAGUAUUGGAUGCAAAAUCCUGGUGAGAGUCGCAGAUAUUUAUAUUCAGCUAUUGGGAUGGCAUCAAAUGGUUGGUAUAACAGACUGUAUACGGUGACAGGACAGUUUGUGGACGAGGAAACAGACGAGUAUGCUUCAAAAGUCCAGAAGGUAGUUGCAUCAUUUAGGUUCAUAUGA